UUGAUUAUGCAUGAGAGGACCCACACUGGUGAAAAACCGUACCAAUGUUCUGAAUGCGGCAAAGUCUUUUGCUACAGCUCCCAACUUUUUGAGCAUAAAAGAACCCAUAAUGGAGAAAAGCCCUAUCAGUGCCCACAGUGUGGCAAAAAGUUCAGUAAGCAUGCCACACUGGUGAUACACAAGCGGACACACACCGGAGAGAAACCAUUUGAGUGUCCAGAAUGUGGGAAAAGUUUCAAUCAGAAUUCCAACCUGGUGAUACACCAGAGGACGCACACAGGAGAGAAACCAUAUGUCUGUCAGGAUUGUGGGAAAAGUUUCCGUCAGAAUUCCAACCUGGUGAUACACCAGAGGACUCACACAGGAGAGAAACCAUAUGUGUGUCAAGAUUGUGGGAAAGGUUUCAUUCGAAAUUCUGACCUGGUGAUACACCAGAACACUCAUACAGGAGAGAAAGUGUAUAUGUGCACACGUUGUGGAAAAAAUUUCAUUCGGAAUUCUGAUCUCGUAGUACACCAGAGGACUCACACAGGAGAGAAACCAUAUAAGUGUCCAGACUGUGGGAAAAGCUUUAGUCGGCCUUCCCACCUGGUGACUCACCAGAGGAUUCACACAGGACAAAAACCAUAUAAGUGUCUGGAUUGUGGAAAAAGUUUCAGGCGGAAUUCUGACCUGGUGAUACACCAGAGGAUUCACACUGGGGAGAAUCCAUAUGAGUGUCCAGAUUGUGGGAAACAUUUCACUCGAAAUUCUGACUUGGUGAUACACCGGAGGACGCACACAGGAGAGAAACCGUAUGAGUGUCUGUAUUGUGAGAAAAGUUUCAGUCAGAACUCUUACCUGGUGAUACACCAGAGGACUCAUACAGGAGAGAAACCGUAUGAAUGUCCAGAUUGUGGUAAAAGUUUUACUCGGCAUUCCAACUUGAUGAUACACCAGAGGAUUCACACAGGAGGCAAACUGUAUGAAUGUCCUGAUUGUGGGAAAAGUUUGAGUCGGAAUUCCAAUCUUAUGAUACAUCAGAGGACUCACACCAGAGAGAAACCACAUGAUUGUCUAGAGUGUGGGAAAAGCUUCAAUACUAGAUCAAAUCUUACCAGCCACAUGAAGUUGCACACAGGAGAGAAACCCCACAAGUGUUCAGACUGUGGGAAAAGUUUUAGUUGGAAAUCUGGCUUGGUGACCCACCAGAGGAUUCAUACAGGGGAGAAACCGUAUGAGUGUCCUGACUGUGGGAAAGGUUUCACACGCCACACCACUCUGGUGAGACACAAGAGGACUCUCGCUGGGGAUAAACCCUUUGAAUGUCUUGAUUGUGGGAAAUGUUUCACUCGCAAUUCACACCUGACGAUACACCAGAGGACUCACACUGGAGAGAAACCGUAUAAGUGUCCUGAUUGUGGAAAAACUUAUACUUCAAAGUCUGACCUUGUGAAGCAUCAAAGGACUCACACAGUAGAUCGAUUGUAUGAGUGUCCGCAUUGUGCAAAAAGUUUUAGUCGGACUUCCAAACUGGUGGUACACCAGAGAACUCACACAGGAGAGAAACCAUAUGUGUGUCUUUAUUGUGGGAACAGUUUCAGUCAGAAUGCCAACCUUGUGAUGCACCAGAGGACUCACACAGGAGAGAAACCAUAUGAGUGUCUUUAUUGUGGGAAAAGUUUCAGUCAGAAUGCCAACCUUGUGAUGCACCAGAGGACUCAUUUGGGAGAGAAACCAUACGAGUGUCAGGAUUGUGGGAAACGUUUCAGUCAGAAUGCCAACCUGGUGAUACACCAGAGGACUCACACAGGAGAGAAACCAUAUGAGUGUCCAGAUUGUGGUAAGAGUUUCAAGCAGAAUACCAACUUGUUGAUUCACCAGUGGACUCACACGGGAGAGAAACCGUAUCCGUGUCCAGAUUGUGGGAAAGGUUUCAAUUGGAAUUCCGAAUUAUUGAUACAUCAGAGGAUUCACACAGGAGAAAAACCAUAUGAAUGCUUGGAUUGUGGGAAAAGUUUCAGUCGAAAUUCUCACCUGGUGGAACACCAGAGAACUCACACAGGAGAGAAACCAUAUAAGUGUCCAGAUUGUGGGAAAGCUUUCUCCUGGAAUUCUAAUCUGGUGGUACACCAAAGAACUCACACAGGCAACAAACCAUAUCAGUGUGUGGACUGUGGUAAAAGUUUCCAUUGGAAUUCUGCCCUAGUGAUACACCAGAGAACUCACACAGGAGAAAAACCGUAUGAAUGUCUGGAGUGUGGGAAAAGUUUUAUUCGGAAUUCUGACUUGAUGAUACAUCAGAGGACUCACACGGGAGAGAAACCAUAUGAGUGUCCGGAUUGUGGGAAAAGUUUCAGUAAGAAUUUCAAUCUCGUGGUACACCAGAGCACUCACACAGGAGAUAAACCAUAUGAGUGUCCGGACUGUGGGAAACGUUUCACUCAGAAUUCCAAUCUGGUGAUACAUCAGAGGACUCACACAGGAGAGGAACCAUAUGAGUGUCCAGAUUGUGGGAAGAGUUUCAAGCAGAAUUCCAAUCUUCUGAUACACCAGAAGACACACACAGGAGAGAAACCAUAUGAGUGUCAGGAUUGUGGGAAAAGUUUCAGUAGGAAUUUCAAUCUGGUGAUACACCAGAGAACUCAUACAGGAGAAAAACCAUAUAAGUGUCCUGAUUGUGGGAAAGGUUUCUGUCGGAAUUAUCACCUGGUAGUACACCAGAGAACUCAUACAGGUAAGAAACCAUAUCAGUGUCGGGAUUGUGGUAAAAGUUUCCAUUGGCAUUCUGCCCUCGUGAUACACCAGAGAACUCACACAGGAGAAAAACCAUACGAGUGUCUGGAGUGUGGGAAAAAUUUCAGUACUAGGUCUAGCCUUGUAAAUCAUGCAAGGUUACACAUAGGGGAGAAACCAUUUUAAUG